ACCUCGAUUAUUCUCCGUCGGUGCUCGAUACGAAGGAAUUCGUGCCCUCACAGUCGGUCGAGAUUUGGCUCUGGAAGCAGAACGAGAUCCAUGGGCAGCCUGAAUUCGGGAGAAUUCUGACAAUUCGAGCAACAAGCGAAACAGCUGCACGUGUACAAGCGUGAGGAGGUCAGAAAGAUCGAAAUCCACCUCGCGUAACGGCGGCUUGGGCUCUGCACGAGCCACGAGAUGAUUCUACUCCAUUCGUUCGACUUGGCGCUGAGGUCGUCAUCGACAUCGACAUUGCGCGAGCCAACCGAGAUUCGGAACUCGUAAGAAGAAGAAGAAAGGCUGUCGAAUUCAUCUCGAACGAUCACGUUGCUGCCGAGAUGGACGCUGGAACCGAUUUCAGGCAGCAACGUCGUCACGGUCGGCAAAGACGCAGGCGAUGGCUCGACGCAGCGACGACAAUCGUCGGCCUUCCUCGCACACCGACUCUCGUGGGAUCGGUCGGCGACGACGCCGGGACCAAGCACAGCGAGCGCUCGGCGACGAUGGCAUCAGGCUGCGAAAUCGCCCUCGGGCCUCAGACUCGAUGGAGAUGGCAGUUCAUGUACGAUCGAGCCUGAUCGAGCGAGAAAUUUGCCCGCGACAUCGGUGAGCCCGCAAAUGGCAAGCGCUGAGGAGGAGGAGCCGCGAGAGCCAAAGCCAGAGCCAGAGCCAGAGCCAGAGCGAGAUCGAGAGCAGGCGCAGGCGCAAUUGCAGGUGCAGGAUGGGGAGGAGGAAGAUGGCGCAGGAGGAGGGCCGAAAGGCGGAGGAGGAGGAGGAGGAGGAGGAGGGCCGAAGCGCAGAGUGUCGUUCAGAGAUGGCGGCGAGAGGGCGGAGAGCGAGGAGGCGGAGAUGAGAGUGUUCCGAUUGAAGGUGUACUACUCGGAGGCGUGGAUCGAAGGCGCAUUGAAGACAUAUCCGCAGACCAAAGUGGCGAGCAUCACAUCGCGCACGCUCGCCAAUCGCAGCAAUUUCCUCAACAGCAUCCGCAAGAAGCUCGUGGCCGUGGGCGUGAAUCCGCACACUCGCCUCUCGCUCAGCGCCGUGCCGCCCGUGCCCGCCGAUCGCGACUACAGCAUCGCCCACUGGCUCCGCAAAUUCCCCGGCGCCGCCAUGGUCGUCAGCCCCGAGCACGACUCCGAUGCCCUAUUCCGCCAGCUCCUCACUCUCAAUGGCCACCCCGUCGCCCGCAAUCCCCUCUACCAACUCGAUCCCGACGACUCCCCCAUCAAUCCCUCGCCAUCGCCCGCGACAAUCGAUCAGCCCUCGGGCGAGAGCUCGUCCUCGACGACGACAACGACGACGCUACCAUCGCCAGAGGCCGCGACGGGGUGCGAAUCCGAGGAGGCGAGGCUGCGACGAGAGCUGAGCGAGCUGCAGGACGAGUUCAGCGCGGCGACGAGUCAAUUGGCGCGAUUGGAGAAGGCCGAGGCGUCGAAGGAUGUGAUGAUCCAAUUGCUGGACGCGAGGCUGGACGAGAGCAGCAUGCGCCUGCGCGCCAUGGAGCAGGCCGAGGCCUCGAGGCGCAACACCUACUCGGCCAGGCUCAGCGAGGUGUACCGGCGCAUGUUCCUGGAGGCGGUGCGGAGCCGAGUGCGGUGCAGGAUGCAGGCGCUGCUGCUGCGCCCGAGCCCCAUGGAUCUCGUGGCGGCGCCCUACGACGAGGUGCUCGCCGCCUGCGCGCGCAUGGACGAUUUCCCAUCGCUCAUGGGCCUGAGCCUCGAGGAUUUGGCCCUCACUGCCCUCGACUCGCCAUCGCCGCAGCCCGUCCAUGCCAGCGACAGCAUCCACAUCGGCGUGUACGCCGAGAUGGUCCAUGCCCAAGACGCGCGCCUCUUUCCUGCCUAUUGCAACCUCUUCGUCUUCCUGUACAAUCAACAUCCGCAGACAGUUCUCGACAACCUCAUCAGCUGCUGGAUUUGAUUUGA